AUAUCGAUUAGUGAUCUUUACAAAUGAUGCGAUCAACAAAGUGCAAGAGCGAUUACUAGAACAGUGAUUGUGGAGCAUUUUGUGGAUAUCCAUUUGAGAUGAAAAUGAAUGACAUGAUCCUUGGUCCCUUAUACCAAAAUAUCCAGCAAAGUGAAUUCGGUUCUUUGUAGACUAUGAACAUUGUCUGGAGGCUUCCACAUUUUAUAAUUUCCAGACCGUUCUGUAUCAAUUUCGAUAUUUUCAUAAACUUGGGAAAUGCAUCAUAAACUCGAUUUCAUUUACUUGGAUCACUAUUAUAUAUUUAUAUUUAUUAUAUUUUUUUUUUUGGUUUGGGGCUAUUUCAUCACAUGGCGAAAUUAGUGGAAAAAAUUCUCUGCUCUUUGUUUGCCUUUUAUUUUGUUUUGUUUUUUUGUUUUUAGCCGACAAUCAGAGAACGACGCUAAACCCACGUAGUCGAUAGCGAAUUGUGCAAACAAAAUCCAGUUUCGUUAGUGUUCGUGAGAAAGCUAUCGGCAACAGGCGAGCUUCCUUAUCGUAGAUUUUAGGGAAAUUUUAUUAAAGAUGGCGUCACAAAUGGAAAAUUAAGUAACUAUUUUAAAUAAAUUUGCUAAGAUUUCAACAUUGAAUAGGUCAGAAAAUUAAAUGUCCAUUAUAAUAAAAAUAAAUCAAAUGUCGAUGAUUAUAAUGUUUCCAUUCAAGUUUAAAGUAUUUUACUAAUGAUAAAUAUUUCAGGCUGAAGUGAUUCUUUAAGCUGAGAGCAUGUUUAAGUAAUUUGUUCCUAAAUAUAUAUGGCUCAUUUUUAAGGGCAUAAUAAGUAUAUUAUUACAUAAGUAUAGAACAUUUUCUUAAAAUCGAUGUUUUUUUUGUUCUGUGUCUGUAUGGGGAUUCGUAUUGGCCCAGAGGAGUUCCACUGUACCCCAAUGGCUCUCCGUUUGUCUGCGACGCAUUUUGCAGUGUUCGAGUAUUGGGGCGUUAUUGCCGCUACCCUUGCCGCUGCCGCACAACCACCGCCCCUCCAGUUGGCCGCUUUACCGCUCUGCUGGCGCCGCAAAGUGCCGACGAACGCCGACGCCCGGAGCGUAUAAAAGUGCCGGCCGGCGAGCGGUUGUCAUCAGUUCCCAAGCUUUCAGCUUUGUAAAAGCGAAUGCAACACCAAACAGGAAAACAGACAAGAAAAACGAAACAAUCCAAGCCAAAACAAUAUUACACCAUCGAAGGUAAAUCGCCGAGAGAAAACAAGAUGAGCGAGUUGGCCAAAUUGCAGGAGCAGGAUCGGGAGCAGAUACCCCAGGAGCUGCUCGACUGCGACAUUGAGUUCGACGAGGAGCUCCCUGCACCCAAGGAGCAGGAGGUAAGGUGUGCUCCGGCCAAGUCCUCGGACAAGCGCUACUCCAAGGCCCUCAAGAAGGUGACCAAGGUGCAGCGCAUGCUGGAGCAGGCCAUGAUCCUGCUGGCCAAGGAGGAGGCCAGGUUGCAGGACAAGGAGCAGGUCUCCAAUCCAUCCAAGAAGCAGCAGCAGAAGCAAGCCAAGAAGGACGGCAAGAAGGCCAAGAAGCUGGCCAAGAAGCUGGCUAAGAAGCUGGCCAAGGAGACGGAUAAGGCGGGUGAGAAGGAGUCCUCCGACAGCAGCUCCUCCAGCUCCUCCAGUUCCAGCUCCUCCAGCUCGAGUUCCAGUUCGUCGUCGGAGGAGGAUGAGGCUGAGCUGGUCAACUUCUACGGCAACGGCUGGGGUCGCAAUCCUUGGCGCCGCGGACCUCGUGGCCACCAUGGCAUUGGUCAUAGGUAUGGUCAUGGUCAUGGUCAUGGUAUUAGCCACAAGCAUGGCCACAAGCAUGGCCACAAGCAUGGGCGCAAACAUGGCCACAAACAUGGUCAUGGACCUGGUCAUCAUGGUCAUCAUGGUCGUCCUGGACAUCACCAUCACUUGGGACCCCACUUUGGGCCCCACUUUGGACCCCAUGGUGGACCCCAUUUUGGACACCAUUUGGGACCCCAUCCCUUUGACUGCGACAGGCGGUCCUGCCUGAGUCCUUGGCAGGAUCAGAGGCAGUUUUUUCGGUGGAUGGGCCUGCCGUGGGCCCUGGACAAUGCCACGGCCUGCCGGAGGAGCCGAUCGCUGCCUAGACCUGGGCACGACCAUCGUGGAGAUCUCGGAUUCGGGUUCGGAUUCGGACCGGGAUACGGAUACGGACAUGGCCACCCGUGUCGACCACAUGACCGUCGAGUAGAGAGAUCCCUCUCCCGUUCUGGUUCCCAUUCGAGGGGGGAGAGGAAGUGCAUGGGCAAGAGAUCCAAAUCCAGUUCCAGCUCUAGCUCGAGCUCCAGCUCCAGUUCCGAGGAUGAGAAGAAGGCCAAGAAGGGCAGGGGCAAGUGCAGGGGAAGGGGUAGGAGGCAGCGCUCCUCUUCCAGCUCCUCCUCGAGUUCCAGCUCCUCAUCGAGUUCCAGCUCCAGUUCGGAUAGUGAAGUGCAGAUGAGGCACAGGCGCGGCCAUCACGGGCAUCAUUUUGGACCUCCGCAUGCCCAUCACUUUGGGCCACAUCCGGGACACCAUGGACAUCACUUUGGGCCUCAUCCGGGACACCGUGGACACCACUUUGGGCCUCCCCAUCACGGUCUGCAUUUCGGACCGCAUCGUGGACCCCAUCAAGGAGCACCCUUCGGUAACCCUCUCUUCCACCAUGGACCGACCACUGAAGGACCUCCGCCAGUCAUUCCCUUUGGAGGACCACCAGCCGAGGGCCUAGAUCGUCGCGGUCGAUCCUUAUCCCGACCCCGAUCCCACUGCCAUAGGGAGAAUCAGGAGAGAUCCCAUUCCCGGGGUCAGGAAAAUUGCGAAAAGGGCAAGGAGAACGCAGGCCAAGACAAGGAAAAGGAAAAGUGCAAGAAGGGCAAAAAGAAGCAUGGAAAACAUGGUCAUGGAAAGCAUCAUGGACCCCAUUGUGGUUAGGCUAUCGCGACCAACAUCAAAAUUCCUUCAAUGUAUUUAUAUACCCCCAAAAAAGCUUUAUUAUUGUAUACAAAAAAAACAUUUAAAAUUAUAUAUAAAUUUAAAAAAGUGAAUAAAAACGAAAAACCAAA